ACGGCCCCUGGAGAGGCCCGAAGGGGGCGAGCUCCCCAGAGUCUCGGGAGGCCGGGACAGAUGGGUGAGGGUCAGUCCCGGACGGGAGCACGACUUGCGGUAGAGAGACGCCCCGGCAAGACUCUUUCGGGGGAUCCUCCAGCUCCUCACCUCCAUGGGCCAGACGGCCCUGGCAGGGGGCGGCAGCAGCCCCCGCACCCCGCAGGCCCUGUGCCCUGACCACUCUUGUCCCGAAGGCUUGGAGGAACUGCUCUCUGCUCCCCCUCCUGACCUGGGAACUCAGCGGCGCCACGGCUGGAACCCCAAGGACUGCUCCGAGAACAUCGAGGUCAAGGAAGGGGGAUUGUGCUUUGAGCGGCGGCCCGUGGCCCAGAGCACUGAUGGGGCCCGGGGUAAGAGGGGCUACUCGAGGGGCCUGCACGCCUGGGAAAUCUGCUGGCCCCCGGAACAGAGGGGCACCCACGCGGUGGUGGGUGUGGCCACGGCCCUCGCCCCCCUGCAGGCUGACCACUACGCGGCGCUUCUAGGCAGCAACAGCGAGUCCUGGGGCUGGGACAUUGGGCGGGGGAAGCUGUACCAUCAGAGCCAGGGGCCCGGGGCCCCCCAAUAUCCAGCUGGACCUCAGGGUGAGCAGCUGGAGGUGCCGGAGAGGCUGCUGGUGGUUCUGGACAUGGAGGAGGGAACUCUGGGCUACGCUAUUGGGGGCACCUACCUGGGGCCAGCCUUCCGCGGACUGAAAGGCAGGACCCUCUACCCAGCAGUAAGCGCUGUCUGGGGCCAGUGCCAGGUCCGCAUCAGCUACCUGGGCGAAAGGAGAGCGGAGCCACACUCCCUUUUGCACCUGAGCCGACUGUGUGUACGCCAGACGCUGGGGGCUACCCGGCUGGGCCAGGUAUCUGCUCUGCCCUUGCCCCCUGCCAUGAAGCGCUACGUGCUCUACCAGUGACCCUGUGAUACCAGAUUGCAGGGCCUUGAUGCCACCCCUGCCCGGGAGCAGGGAAGGAGGCACUGCUGGCUUAGACCAGUUACUUAAAGCCAUUGAGGCUGGUACCCUACCCCCAGCCCAAGCUCUGGGGAGCUCAACAACCCCAGAGCGACCCAAGGGGUAAAGAGAGUGAGCUGUUAUUCAAGGCUGUGGCACUCUGGUACACAAGUAAAAAUAAUAAGAGAUAUGCUAUUAUAAAAA